AUGCAGAGGGCGAGCAGCAGUGAGGGUGCUCGGGCAGCGGCGACGCACGAGGUGACCAACCAGGCGCCGGCAUAUUCAGCCAAUGUGUACACGACCGAUCCGCUGGUGGUGGCGGCGACGGAGCGGGCGAUGGGGGCUGGGGAUGGAAAAGAAGCUGGUGAUGACCACAUUGCCGGUGGCACCUCGGUCGUCUCCAAAGACGCCCUCAUCGAGGCGGGUCACUACUACGGACACGAGGCCAACUACGCGCUGGCGGCUAUGGCCAACGAGAACGGGCCCGUCCUCGCUGCAUAUGACGCUGUCGGCAAUCGCAUCAACGCGGUCGACUUUCAUCCGGCGUGGCACGAUGUGAUGGAGGCCGGAACGGUCCAUGGCGUAGGCCAUGGCGUGUGGGCCGAUGAGAGCGUGCGCGGGCGGUACACGGCGCGCGGCGCCAUGCUGUACAUGCACUCGCAGUGGGAGCACGGAUCGACAUGCCCGCUGGUCAUGACCAACGCAGCUUUUCCUCUGCUCAAGUCUGUGGCGACGACGAGCGACGAGCGGGUGUCGAACGGGUGCCGUGCGCUGGCACUCACGUGGGCGAACCGCAUCCGCGGCGGCGUGUACGACGGCCGCGACGUUCCGGCAAACCAGAAGCCCGGCGUGACGCUUGGCAUGUCGAUGACCGAAAAGCAGGGCGGAUCUGACGUGCGGGCAAACACCACGCUCGCCACGCCGGUCUCGGGCUCGGCCGCUGCGCGGAUGGGCCUGACUGCGGAAGAGGCUGCCGCCGCCCCGCAUACCCUUGUUGGGCACAAGUGGUUCACCUCAGCGCCCAUGUCAGAUGCGUUCAUCACCCUCGCCUACACUGACGAGGGUAUGUCGGCCUUUCUUGUCCCGCGGUGGCUCGAGAGCGGCGAACGCAACGCCGGCUUCCAAGUCAUGCGGCUCAAGAACAAGCUCGGCGACCGGUCCAACGCCUCGUCCGAGGUCGAGUAUCGCGACGCGGUCGGCUUCCUCAUGGGCGCACCCGGGCGCGGCAUCGCCACCCUCCUCGAGAUGGUCCACCACACCCGACUCGACUGCGUCACCGGCUCGGCCGGCUCGAUGCGGAUGGGCCUCGCCCGUGCCGCGCAUCACGCCGCACACCGCUCGGUCUUUGGCACCACCAUUUCCGACUCGCCGCUCGGCGCCAACGUGCUUGCAGACCUUGCGCUCGAGUCGCACGCCGCCACCCUCAUGGCCUUUGAGCUGAUGGCCGCCUUUGAGGGCGCAGCCGAGGGUGAUGCCGAGGCUGCUGCCUACGCCCGCGUCGCCACCGCCAUGUCCAAGUUCUUUGUCUGCAAACGCCUGCCGGGCUUUGCCGCAGAGGCCAUGGAGGUGUUUGGCGGCAAUGGAUACGUUGACGAUGCCGCCAACGGCAUGCCGCGCCUCUUCCGCCAGUCGCCACUCAACGCCAUCUGGGAGGGCUCGGGCUCGGUCAUGGUCCUUGACAUCAUGAGGGCGGCGGCCAAGGAGCCGGCAGCCAUGGCCGCUUUCCUCGGCAAGCUCGAGACCGAGCUCGCCGCCGACUCGCGCGCUGCCUCCUUCCUUGCCGCUUCGCCGGCCGUCAACGCUCUCAAGACCGGCAGCAUGGAUCUUGUCCAGGGCCGUGCCGCCGUCCACUCACUCGCCCUCGCCCUCCAGGCCAUGCUCAUGAUGCAACGUGCCGACGGCGACGUCGCCGACGCCUUUAUCGCCUCGCGCCUCACUUCGUCCGCUGCCUCGGGAGUCGGCCUCUACGGCGGCCUUGACCUCCCGCUCGACCAGAUCCAGCGCAUUGUCGAUGGUAUCACCACCGAGUAA